CUGCGCUCUGGUCUCCCUGCUCACCACCAGCUGUCAUGUUUGUGGCUCCUGCAGGACCUCAGCCCGUUCACAACCCGAGAAUCCCGUAUCUGGGUCCGAUUCACGGAGGCCUGAGGGACGGCUCGUCCGUCUGCGUCCAGGGCUCCGCCCAUAAAGACAUCACCAGGUUCUUCAUCAACCUGCUCUGUGGAGAGUCGGAGUCCAGCGACAUCGCCCUGCACUUCAACCCUCGCUUUGACGGCAGGGACAGAGUGGUUCUCAACUCGUGUCAGGAUGGAUCCUGGGGGUCGGAGGAGAAGAUCCACAGCAUGCCCUUCUCCAAGGGGAAGACCUUUGAAAUGGUCGUCAUGGUCACCUCGCAGGGAUACCAGAUUAAAAUCAACGGGAAGGAUUUCUUCACGUUUCCACAUCGUAUCCCGGCGGAGCGAGUCCGGGCCGUUCAGAUUUCAGGAGAUGUUUCCAUCCAAAGCAUCAGUGUGAUCGGGCCUGUGCCGUACCGCAGCAUGAUCCCAGGAGGGAUGUACCCCAAGAGAACCAUCGUCAUUAGAGGCAUGGUUCCUUACGGAGCCACCAGAAUGGGGAUCAACUUGGUGGUAAGCCGGACCCGAGACAUCGCCCUCCACAUGAACCCCCGGGUGAAGGAGGGCGUGGUGGUGAGGAACAACAGGACUGGAGAGACAUGGGGCGCUGAGGACCGAGAGCUCUGCAUGAACCCCUUCAUGGAGGGACAGUACUUCGAUAUGUCCAUUCGUUGUGGGAACCAGAGCUUUAAGGUGUUCGUGAACGGGCAGCACCUGUUCGACUUCGCCCACCGAAUGCCUUUCAGCGACAUCGACAAGCUGGAGAUCGAAGGCGACGUUCAAAUCUCCUACAUCCACUUUUGAUUCCGCACAGAGCUGCACAUGCUAACCACGCUAACCCACCUGCAGCUAACGCUAACCCACCUGCUGCUAACGCUAACACACCUGCAGCUAACGCUAACCCACCUGCAGCUAAUGCUAACCCACCUGCUGCUAACGCUAACACACCUGCUGCUAACGUUAACACACCUGCAGCUAAUGUUAACCCACCUGCUGCUAACGCUAACACACCUGCUGCUAACGUUAACACACCUGCUGCUAAUGUUAACCCACCUGCUGCUAACGCUAACACACCUGCUGCUAACGCUAACACACCUGCAGCUAACGCUAACCUACCUGCUGCUAAUGUUAACCCACCUGCUGCUAACGCUAACCUACCUGCUGCUAACGCUAACCUACCUGCUGCUAACGCUAACACACCUGCUGCUAACGCUAACCCACCUGCUGCUAACACUAACACACCUGCUGCUAACGCUAACACACCUGCUGCUAACGCUAAC